AGGGGAAUCGCUCAGGAAGGGAGGGAGGGAUUGGAGGACAGAGUUGCGAGGCAAACCAGGAUCACAUGAGCGCAGAUCUGUUUACAAACUGAAACUGUGCGGCCAGGAAAGACGCAGGAGCCUUCCUGGAGAAUAUUACUGGCUGGCCCGACUAGAACACAUCUUUAACCCCCAGAUGCUUGCGUUUUGGCUCGGAUAUUUGUUGAAUGAGCUAAGGGACUGUUCGGGGGGGUUUUUUGGUUCACUUUCUUGAUGGAAGGACUGAGGGAGCAGAUGGUUUUAGGUGGAGAGAAAAAAUACUCCCCCACACAGGCGAACACAUAAACACUCCAGCGGCUGGAUGGUGGCGAAAAUACAGUUCUCUUCGAUCUCUAAACCGCUUGAUGUUCGAUAAAGGAAUAUACCUAAAAAAACCCCAAAACAGACGGAUCGAGAGCGACGUCAAGGAAGAGGAGCUAGAAUAAUCGACAGAGAGAGACAUGCCAAAGUCUUUUGCAAUGAGGAUUUGAGGGAAGACUGUAGAUGGAGUCUUGUGUCAGUUUGGAUGUUGUGGAUGUUUAGUGCUCGCUAAACCACCAUACGCAGGAAUUAUUAUUAAGGAAUUUGGCAACUUCUGUGUAUGACAACACAAAGAAGUGCCAUCCGGCCACAUACGGACUGGAUCUCAGCGACAAGAAGAAUAUCAAGGGCACAUUAUGCUCCCUUUGUCUGUGUAACAAAGCACCUUGUGCAUAUUCACAUCAGCGGAGCCAAAGAGUGAUUGAAAUCUUUUGUUCUUCGAUGCUGACAUCAUAAAAGUGGGAUGAAUGGAGGAAUAAUUGAACUAUAAUCAAGACAGCACACCCUGUCAUUUGAAGAGCUGCUUUUGAGACCCGUCUGACCUACGGGAAGAACGUCAGGAAAAUUGUUGAGAAUAAGUGAACCCGGAAUCAAGCUUUUGCUUGUGUCCUCCAGCCCCCGCAUUGCCUGUUCCAGACAAGCAGUGAGUUUGCAGCGGCAGUGCUUGGAGUCAGAUUACAUGCAACCAUUCCAAUGGUGUAACGGCUGCCUCUGUGGUCUAGGACUGCAGCAUUCAGACUGUGAUAUGUCAGAGGAAGACAUCUACCGUCUGCCGCUCAACGUGUACGUCAUCGUACUGGGCAUAGGCAUGUUCAUCUUCAUGCUCAGUGUAAUCUUCUGCUGCUAUCUGUUCAGAUUGAAACAGCAAGGUACAAGGGAGCAGUACAGCUACAACGAGGUGGUGUUGAAAGGCGCGGGAAAGAAGCUGAGCCUGCUGGGACAGCCCUGCGCCGUGUGUCUAGAGGAAUUCAAGACCAGAGACGAGCUGGGCGUCUGCCCGUGUUCACACACCUUCCAUAAGAAGUGCCUGCUGAAAUGGCUAGAGAUCCGCAGCGUCUGCCCGAUGUGCAAUAAACCCAUCAUGCGUCUCCACAACACCGACGCCCCCCGAGGAGCCGAGGGGCUACAAGACCCCGAGGAGGUGUGACCCCAGAAACUGUACGGCCCACGGCCAGACUUAACACCCUCAAGUUCUGCGACUGAUAGAACAUAUCAUGUGACCUGCCAAGGCUCACCAAAGCCAUCUAUAUGCACCGCCACAGCGGACCCAGAGAACGCGGGGAAACCAGGACGACACUAGUGAUUCAGUACCAUAUCGCCAGUAGCCAAACAUAAGAAUAAUCUCCUAUAUUAUCGUGCCACAAUAAUCUUUAAAAGUAGUAUCGUGCCGAGGUUCUAAAGCGUGAGACGCACCGUGCAUGCUGGGUAACGGAUGUUAAAACGAGAGGUAAAUAUCUCAGGAGUUUGCCUCAGGGGAUCUAACCAGGCAACAAAAGAAAACAUUAAACUUCGGCAGUUAAACUUCUGCUGUCGGUGGACAGCCGUAUAUAUGUGAUAAUAGGUGUAGUGCACUGUCCGUUUGACCGGUACUACAGGUCUUCAAGAAGAUCCUGCGUAGUCCUUACAGAAAUAUUAAAUAUAUAAUCAGUAACCAGCAGUUCUUAUCCAAUAUCGUGUCCAUUGCUUGAAUUGUUCCCUUUUCAUUGUUAUUUUGUAUUGUUUGUUUUUGAAUAAAAUGUCAUGUUUUUGUG